CCGGGUGUCCCUGUUAACGCUCCCGUUCUAUAAAUAAAGAUAAGGCAACUCUUGACUCUCCUUGGCCUUAUCUCUGCAUUUUCCGUUGGGGUCUGGUCACUGUCCAAAGAAAAGUUCGGGGUUUUCAUGAUGGAUUAAUAGCAGUGAGUGGGAUUUUCUUAAUGGAGAUGGAGAUGGAGAUGGAGAUGGAGAUGGAGAUGAAGGGUUGCGUGGAUAUGUUGGAGAAACUAGACAUUGAUUCAUCGAAGCAUGUUCUGAAGUUCUUGGAUGAUCCUGGUGAUCUGGUUCGCCUUGCAUGUGUUUCUCGUUCAUGGAGGAACUUCGUUAUCGAGAAUCGUUUCUGUAAGGAUUUAUGCAUAAAAAUGUUUCCCGAAGUAUGCCAUAUCACUCGAGUGAUGGAAUGCAAAAAUGGAGUAGAUCCUCCACCAAUUGGAUCAAGCAAAGUUUUAGAAUGGGAAAAUUUACAGAGAGAGCACAAGAUUUAUGCUUGCUUCACUCGUGAACUCAUGACGCUUGUAUCAGACAAAUGUUGCCUUCAGUUUCCUAUUGGUGCUUCUAGUACAGACAAUUAUCCAGAUGAAAGCAUUGAGAACACCUUGAACCCAAGCCCUAGGGAGUUUGAGAGGCCAUCCUAUUGGUCAAGUCAAGGAGCUAGCAAUAUUGAGGCCCCUGAAACACUCACAUACAAGCUAAAGUCGAAAUUAUGUGUUAUACAUGAAAUAGAUAUACAGCCUUUCCAAGCUUACUUUCAAAGGGGCAGUCCCAUAUAUUCUGCGAAGGCUGUCCGGUUCAGGCUAGGUUAUUCCAAGUUAUCUUAUAGCUUGGAAAGUGAAGAUUUGGAUGAUUUGUUGCCUGACCACAAAUGUGAUGACAAUUAUGUCUGGACAUACACGUCACCUGACUUCCCAAUGUUGCAGGAGAACUGCCUGCAAAGCUUCAAGUUACCAAGACCAGUUCUGUGCAUUGGUGGGAUGUUGCAGAUAGAGUUAUUGGGCAGGGUUCAGAGGCAAGAGAUGGACGCAUUAUACUAUGUUUGUGUGUGCCAUGUUCGGGUGGUGGGGAAGCCAUUGAUGUCGAGGUUCGAUGUCAAUAUUCCUUUGGACUACACAUUGAUGUAUUUCCCCGAUGCUAAGGAUGUGAUUUCAACAGAGGAGAGAGGUUCCGAUGAUCACGCUUCAGGGUGGCAGGCUUUUAUCUCAAGGCUUAGAGAGAUUAGGGCUGUUAGAGGGAGGAACUACAUCUUCAACUUCUUGCUUGGAAAUGGGGCUUUUCAAGAGCAAUAUGAUUCUGAUGAAGAGGAAGAAGAGAUCCUCCCUGUUAUUGAAUAAAUCUUCUUCCUUCCUGUUAUUGAAUAAAUCUUCUUCCUUCCUCUAUAGAGCUUUAAACCAGCUAGAGAAAGAGAGAGAGAGAGAGAGAGAGAGAGAGAGAGA